AUGGAAGACCAAAGAAUCAUUCCUCCGAUUACGGAACACUUUAACAAGAAACCUUAUUUCCGGUUGCUUCUGCAAAUCGAUGUCCCAGUCCUACUAAACGCUAGCCCGUUACAGUGGCUAGAUCACCAGACUAUACAUCUAGCCAAACAAGCCGUUUUUCUUCUGCUGCACUUCAAAGAAAGUUCGGAUAAAGCUGAAAAGUAUAGAGAAGACGCGUCUACCUUCUACAACUCCGCUGUCGAGCAGCUGGGACGUACAGGCUCGCUCUCUUUGAGUCAAAACGUCCUAGAAGUCAUUCGCCUCGGUCGGGAAACAUGGGAGUGGAAGCAAGAGAACAAUGACGAAGUCGAGUUGUGCAAAGUUCUGGUUGAAAUGAAGACGGCGAUCCACAGCAUAGCUAAGCGCCAUGAUAUCCCAGUGAAGACCUGGAACUUAUCUGAAGAGGAAAGCUGUUGGGAGCUUUAUGUGUUCAUUCGAGGCUUAUCUAUUUCUGGGCAGUGA